AUUAUUCUUGAUGCGCGGUGAAAUGACGUACACCAGUUUUGAAAUGACAAAAGAAUACGCUUGAAAGUUUUCCAACAAAAUUGUUUAGAUUCCAAAACUGAACGAAAGACGUACUUUAUAACCUUGACGAAAUUCAAACAAUUGUCUUUAUUUAUAAUCGUUCAGAUUUAUUAAUAAAUUAGGCGCGGUCUAUAAACUCAGUUAAGUGUUUGCAUAGUUGCAUAAUAUUAAAAUCAUCCUAACCUGAAAAUUACUAUCAGUUGGGAGUGGAAGUGUAAAUAAGUCGAACCGGCAUGAUCACACGUAAAAUUAAUUAAAAUGUGGCGUUUAUUAGUGUCUAUAGUAAUUUUAACAGUAUUAAAGACUGCUACAUCAAAUUCCGAUAGUUUUUCCGAAGAGUUACUGCUUAGACCUUUGUAUACAGACAAAGUAUACUCACAUUUUCAAUUCACUACAAAAUGGAACACAGAUUCAACAGAUUUAAAACAAACACACUUGUUUCCUCGUGCGUUAUCCGAAAUAAUCACGCGUUACAACGUCCAUGAGCUUCACAUCAGUCUGACUUCUGGUUUGUGGCGAUAUGAAACCUGGGGUUAUCCAGUAACUGAUGCAUCACCAGGUGCUGAAGUCUGGGCAUGGUUCAAAGAUGACACCAUUGAUGUAGACAAAAACUGGGUGGCAUUAGCCAACUCCCUCUCAGGAUUACUUUGUGCCUCUCUUAAUUUUAUUGACACAACAAACACAAUCACACCUGAAAUAUCACUGAGACCAAGAGGACUCAUGCAGAAUGUCAACUCAACAUUCUUAAGGUAUUCAUCUCUACCAAGAGAAAUUGUUUGCACUGAAAAUUUAACACCAUGGAAGAAACUGUUGCCAUGUGGAUCAAAAGCAGGUAUAGCACAAUUGUUAAAUGCUGGAUACAUCCACAACACCCUGUAUCACAGUGUUGGCUUACAAUUGAGAAACAUCUGUGCUAACAAAGAAUGUAAUCAGCAUGAGUUGGAAGUUAGACAAAUGGUUGACUUAGUUUACGAUUACAAAAUCAUGGGCAGUAGAAACUGGUCACUGAGGAAAUUAUUUGGUCAAGGUGUGUUUAAUUCCUGUCCACUAGCAGAUGUAAGUGAUAUAUUUGUGGAUAUAUCAAGCAAAACAUCAAUACCUUUUGAUCUAACACCAGAACCAAAUGAAUAUGUCACUAGUAUUCGCGGUGGAUUUGAAAGUUUGUAUGCAAAGUACAACAUGAAAACAUCAAAUCCAAUGAGUAUUGGCAUAACAUAUACCGGAAAAGAAGUGGUGAAUGUUAAUCUUCCUCCUCCUUUGUAUGCCAGUCAAUAUAAAACUGGUUAUGGUCAACAAAAUGGCGGAAUUGUCACUAAAAUCCACAAUAAUCACUGGGCGCCAUUAGAUGUUGUCGUUUUACAGAAUUUCCCAUGGUUUGUUCCGGUUUAUCUACACACCAUGAAGGUGGAGAGUAAUGGACAAGUCAACGAACCGAAAAAAUUGAUUUACAAACCGGGAAAACUCCGAGAAAAAGCGCAUAACUUAGAAAUUGUGUUGAAACUACCAGCGAAAAGCGUAACAUCGAUUUCCAUUGAUUUUGACUUUGUGUUUUUGAAGUGGCAAGAAUACCCACCCGAUGCAAAUCAUGGAUUUUAUAUUGGUUCUGCGAUUAUUUCGACUAUGCUACCCCUAGCAAGGAAUUACACUGGUAUCCCACAAGAUGUUUCAUUAUUUGGAGAGUCUUUCAAUGCAUCACGAAGUGGAUACUUGGUGCAAGUACGCACAGAAUCUAUUAUAAUCACAUUACCUACACCGGAUUUCAGCAUGCCGUACAAUGUGAUUUGCUUAGCAUGUACUGUGGUUGCUUUGGCAUUCGGUCCACUACAUAAUAUCACCACAAAAAGACUAAUUCUAAAGGUGAGUAGUCGUAAAAACCUAGCACAAAAAUUACGCGGCAUUUUCGGCUCCGCUAAACCCGAAACAAGCUCUACUAAUGAACCUACAACCAAAUAAUUUGUGUACAGUCCAUUCCAAUUGAAUAAAUAAAAAUAACGUUUUCCUAUAA